GAUGCGGCGACAUCCCAGCGGCGGGGCCGGACUCCUUCCCAAAGCGGGACGAGAUGGCCAACUCGGCGCUGGAGCUGCUGGCUCUCGUUCUGACCGCCGUCGGGCUGAUCGGGGCGGCGGCCAGCACCGGCAUGCCCAUGUGGCGCGUCACGGCCUUCAUCGGCGAGAACAUCAUCGUGUUCGAGACCCGCUACGAAGGCCUGUGGAUGAACUGCUUCAAGCAGGCCGACAUCCGGAUGCAGUGCAAGGUGUACGACUCGCUGCUGGCCUUGCCGCCGGACCUGCAGGCGGCUCGGGGGCUGAUGUGCUGCUCCGUGGCCCUGGCCGGCCUGGGCCUCCUCAUCAGCCUGCUGGGGCUGCAGUGCACCUCGUGCGUCGGCAACAACCACCGAGCCAAGCGGACGGUGCUGGUCGUGGCCGGGUCCAUGAUCGUAGCGGCGUGCAUCUGCGUCCUGAUCCCCGUGUCGUGGACGGGCCACGUCAUCAUCCGGGACUUCUACAACCCCUUGCUGAUCGACGCCCAGCGGCGGGAGCUGGGCGAGGCGCUCUACAUCGGCUGGGUGGCCAGCGCCUUCCUGUUGGCCGGGGGCUGCGUCUUCACCUGCUGCAACGUGCGCUCGGAGGGCAAAGAGGUCGCCAGGAGCUACAUCUACUCCGGGAACUCGGACUACGUGGCGUACCCUCCUCCGCAGGCCUUCCAGCCGCUGCAGCCUCAGCAGCUGGUCCUGCUGCCCCAGGUCCAGACCCGGCCCGUCCUGUCCCGACACCCUUCCAGCAGCUACAGCUACCAGUCCAGGCAGCCGUCCAGGUACCCGUCCGUACGCAGCGGGGUGGCGUAUCUCUGACUGAAGCAAUAACCGACACUAACUCCUUCUACAGUUCCUGUGAUAAAA